AUGCACAGGGCUUCACCGGCAGCCCCCACCGCGCUGACCCGUAGACCUUCGCUGGGAAAGGGGUCGGACCAGUUCGUCAAAGAAGGGGGGGAAACGCACACUUUUGACAGGAUGAACAACAGUUUCAUCAGCAUGGCGUCGAUAGGUGACUUCGACCCGCUGAAUGCCUCGAUCCCCGCCACCAAAGUUGAGAUCACGGUGUCCUGCAGAAACCUGCUGGACAGAGACACAUUCUCCAAAUCAGACCCAAUAUGUGUCCUCUACACACAAGGAAUGGGGAACAAAGAGUGGAGAGAGUUUGGAAGAACAGAGGUGAUUGACAACACGUUAAAUCCUGACUUUGUUCGAAAAUUCAUUUUGGACUACUUCUUUGAAGAGCGGCAGAACCUUCGAUUUGACUUGUAUGAUGUUGACUCCAAGAGUGCCAACCUCUCCAAACAUGACUUCCUUGGCCAAGCGCACUGCACCCUGGGAGAAGUGGUGGGCUCUCUUGGCAGCCGCUCGGAGAAAUCUUUAGGUGGGAUCUCAGGGAAGAAAUGUGGGACCAUUAUCGUGAAAGCCGAGGAGCUGAACAACUGCAGGGAAUCCGUCAUGAUGCAAUUUUGUGGAAACAAAUUGGACAAAAAGGAUUUCUUUGGCAAAUCGGACCCCUUCCUGGUUUUCUAUCGCAGCAAUGAGGAUGGCACGUUUACUAUCUGCCACAAGACAGAAGUGAUAAAGAACACCCUGAACCCGGUCUGGCAGGCUUUUAAGAUUCCAGUGAGAGCGCUGUGCAACGGAGACUAUGACAGAACAAUCAAAGUGGAGGUGUAUGACUGGGACAGAGAUGGCAGUCAUGACUUCAUUGGCGAGUUCAGCACCAGCUACAGAGAGCUAUCUCGAGGCCAGAGCCAGUUCAACGUGUACGAGGUGGUAAAUCCAAAGAAGAAAGGGAAGAAGAAAAAAUAUCUCAACUCUGGAACGGUGACGCUGCUGUCCUUUCUGGUGGACAUGGAGGUGACCUUCUUGGACUACAUCAAAGGCGGGACCCAGAUCAACUUCACUGUUGCCAUCGACUUCACCGCCUCCAACGGGAACCCUGCUCAGCCCACCUCUCUGCACUACAUGAGUCCGUACCAGCUGAACGCCUACGCGAUGGCCCUGAAGGCAGUGGGAGAGAUCAUCCAGGACUACGACAGUGACAAAAUGUUCCCCGCACUGGGCUUUGGAGCCAAGUUGCCUCCUGAAGGCCGAGUGUCCCAUGAAUUUGCCCUGAAUGGUAAUCCUCAGAACCCCUACUGUGCCGGAAUAGAGGGCGUGAUGGAGGCUUAUUACCAGAGCCUGAAGUCAGUACAGCUCUAUGGACCGACCAACUUCUCACCAGUCAUUAAUCAUGUUGCCAGAUACGCCGCCUCAGUGAAGGACGGCUCGCAGUACUUUGUUCUGCUCAUCAUCACAGACGGCGUUAUCUCAGACAUGGCACAGACCAAGGAGUCCAUCGUCAAUGCCUCCUGUAUGCCCAUGUCCAUCAUUAUCGUGGGAGUGGGACCUGCAGAGUUUGAUGCAAUGGUGGAGUUGGACGGGGAUGAAAUCCGGAUUUCCUCCAGAGGAAGAUUUGCAGAGAGAGACAUUGUCCAGUUCGUCCCAUUCCGAGACUACAUCGACCGUACAGGAAACCACAUCCUAAGCAUGGCCCGGCUGGCGAAGGACGUCUUAGCCGAGAUCCCAGACCAGUUCCUGUCCUACAUGAGAACCCGUGGAUUCAAGCCUUCGCCUGCUCCGCCUCCUUACACUCCACCAGGCCAACCUCUCCAAACCCAAAUCUGA